AUGCCCUUCGACCUCGCUGGCAAGACCCUGAGUCCCUUUCUCAAGGAGCAUAUUCCCGAUCAGUAUGCUCCCGUUGGCAAGAACCUCAAGAGAGAUGACAAGCCUGGCGCCGGCAAUGCCUUGGCCAAUAUCAAAGACCCCAACACCAAGUACUGCUAUCGCCAUCGCCCCGAUUCAAAGUGUCGUCGAGCCGCAGACGAGACCAAAAUGGGGACCAUUCAACGGGAUCUGAAUAGCCUCUCAUCUGCCGAUCAGGAAGCAAUUACCCAUGUCUGGUCUUUGUUUUCUGCCGCCCCCGCGAAACAUCGUGAGCUUAUGCUGCAGGGCAUCAUCACCCAGUGUUGCUUCCCCCAGCUCUCGACAGUCUCCCGCGAAGUCCAAGAACAACUCAAGAUCGAUUUCAUCGCCACCCUACCUGUAGAACUAUCGUACAAGAUCCUGUGUUAUUUAGAUACCGUGUCUCUGUGUAAAGCUGCACAGGUUAGCCGGCGCUGGAGAGACCUGGCCGACGAUGACGUCGUCUGGCACCGAAUGUGUGAGCAGCAUAUUGACCGAAAAUGCACAAAGUGUGGCUGGGGUCUGCCGCUAUUGGAGCGGAAAAAACUCAUGGCCUGGAACCGGCAUCAACAGACAGCGCACCCGACCCCGUCCAAUCGCGGCGCCGAGACUUCAGCUGAGCCAGCCUCAGCUCCUGCCCAAGGCUCCAAUAAGCGGGCCAUGGUGGUCCGCGACGGCGGCGGAGCCAAGCGAUCUCGAGUCAACAAAUCGUCGGGCAACGGCAGGGCGCAACUUGACGAAGAACGAAAGUUUCGGCCGUGGAAGGACGUCUAUCGAGAUCGUUUCAAGGUUGGAUACAACUGGAAGACCGGACGCUGCUCUAUCAAGACAUUCAAGGGCCACGAGAACGGCAUCACCUGUUUGCAAUUCGACCACAACAUCCUGGCGACCGGAUCCUAUGACACCACGAUUAAGAUUUGGAAUGUCGAGACGGGAGAGUGCAUCCGCACGCUGCGUGGACACACUUCGACGAUUAGGGCCCUGCAAUUCGAUGACGCCAAGCUGAUCAGCGGAAGCUUCGACAAGACGAUCAAGAUCUGGAACUGGCACACGGGCGAGUGUAUCAGCACGCUCCAAGGCCACGCUGACGGCGUUCUCUCCAUCCACUUUGAUGGCUGCAAACUCGUUUCGGGAUCCAUCGACAAGACUGUCAAGAUUUUCAGCUUCGACACCAAGCAGACUUGGACACUGCGGGGACAUUCCGACUGGGUCAACCACGUGCGCAUCGACUCUGCAUCUCGCACCGUCUUCUCGGCCUCUGAUGACCUCUCCGUUAAACUAUGGGACCUGGAUUCGAAGCAGUGCAUCAAGACUUUCUUGGGCCACGUUGGACAGGUGCAGCAAAUCUUGUUGAUGCCUCCCGACUUCGAGCCUGACGAAGAUCCCAACGCUGACAAGAGCGAAGCCGCAUCGGCAAGCAGCGGGCGAGGCGACUCGCCUGCACCAUCGCCAAACCCCACAGCUGACCAACGGGCUGCGUUUGGCUACGGCUUUGUGUCGGACCCUGCCCGGCCGUUGCCUCCUCGCUACAUGCUUACUGGUGGUCUCGAUAAUACCGUUCGACUCUGGGACGUUGCCACGGGCAAGUGCAUCCGCAGUAUGUUUGGCCACGUCGAGGGCAUCUGGGGACUAGUCGGUGAUACUCUCCGUGUCGUCACCGGUGCCAACGAUUCCAUGACCAAGGUCUGGGAGCCUCGUUCCGGCAAAUGCGAGCGUAGCUUCACUGGCCACGCUGGCCCAGUGACUUGCGUUGGGCUGAGCGACAGCCGCAUGGCAAGCGGCAGUGAGGAUGGAGAAGUUCGCCUGUACAGCUUUGAAGGCGCCAGUUUAGAAGAGAGGGGAACGCCGUCUUAA